AUGUCCAGGUGUAUUAUGCAAGACUGUAGUCCAAGGGUACUUGUCCUGCUUGCCAACUUUCUGAAAGUCAUCCAGAGUGAUGUGAAUGCUCGUUGUCCCUGUCCGGAGCCCUGUGCAGAUAUGCCAUUUUCUGACUUUGAGGAUCCACCUCCCGCACCAGCUGUAAGUAUCGGUGCAGAGAUGGAGUGCUUGGCUUAUCUGCCUGAAGAUCUGAAGAACCUCACACUGCCUGCUAUUGCGGUAGAUGUCUCGGCCUCUGCUGCUAUAGAUAUCAUCAUUAAAGAUCUUCAAGAAGUUUCUGAGACCCCCCAAUACUCGAUAACUCCUCAUUACUCUGUAACUAACACUGAAAUCCAGACUUCUUGCCCUCCAACAACUCAGCCUACACUAUUUGACAACCUAAACAACCUCUUGGAUUCCAGUUCAGCAGCUUUCCCUAGCAGCAAUAAUAAUGAAGAAUUGAUCAAUAGCCUGAUAUUGGCUGCAAGCAAUGCUCCCUCGCUCCCGGAGAUCCCAGUAGACUGGGACACUUGUAUGUUGGAUGCAUCGGCUGAACCGACCUGUGAAAUGACUGACAAUUUCCGGCCUCUGCAGGAGAUACCUGCUAGCCCCAUGCAUUCUCUGUUCGGACGCUUUGAAAUAACUAGAUCUUCCUACCUCAACGGAAUCUCCUUAAACGACCGUUUUAUGGAUAUAGACACGUCUGUCUUUGAGAAAGAAAUAUCUGGUGAUGGCAGCACCACAACCCAGUUACCACCUCCUGAGGACGUCUGGAUUGAGCCUUACUGCACUGCUCCCUCUUGCAAUUUGAGCAAGAGUGUAAAGGACUCAAAUGAACUUGACCACAUUAUGGGAGCCCUUGUAGGAUACUGA